AUGAUCACACGAGUUAAAACCAUAGAUCCGUCAACGAUACAAUUUUCUUCAGACGAUAUUGAAGAUCCACAAGUUCAUGUUACGGAUCCAGUUACUUUAUCAAUUCUUAAAGAGGCAGCUAAAUUGCUCACUGAAGAUCAAGUAAUAGCCGUACCAACCGAAACAGUUUACGGUUUAGCCUCAAAUGCUUUAUCUCCAAUUGCAAUAAAAAAAAUUUAUUCGGUAAAAGAUAGACCUUCAGAUAAUCCAUUAAUUGUACAUGUUUCUUCAUUAAAAAUGUUAAGAUCUUUACUGCCACCAAAAGAAAAUAGUAAUAUUGGUGAAAUUCCAUUAAUAUAUGAACAAAUUAUUAAAAACUUUUGGCCAGGUCCUUUAACUAUUUUAUUACCCAAAUCUUUACUAAUACCUUCAGAAGUAACUUGUGGUCAAUCAACGGUAGCAAUGAGAUUUCCUUCACAUCCAAUCACGAGAGCUUUAAUAUCAUUAUGUGGAUUCCCCUUAGCAGCGCCUUCAGCGAAUGCUUCAGGAAGACCAUCACCUACUUUAGCAUCUCAUGUAUUAAUGGAUCUUAAUGGUAAGAUAUCAUUGAUUAUUGAUGGAGGACAAUGUAACCACGGAGUUGAAUCUACUGUUUUUGAUGCAAUAGGGUCUCAAGCACCGGUUAUAUUACGACCUGGUGGAUUAACUUUUGAAUCAUUGAGAAGGAUGCCCGGAAUGGAAAACAUUAGAAUUUAUAAUAAGGAUUUCGUUGAUAAAAAACUUGAAAUGGUUCCGACAACACCAGGAAUGAAAUAUCGACAUUAUUCUCCUAAUGCUCAAGUGAUUUUAGUGGACGUCUGCGAUAAGCAUAAAUCCCAUGAUAUAAUGAAAAGAGAAAUAAGACAAAUGGGAGAAAAUGGCGAAAGAGCUAUUGGCAUUCUAGCCACAAGAACAUCCUACGUUACCUCAAAUGAAGAGAAUGGAAAAAAGAAUGGGAAAAUAAUAUCUAGCGAUGAUCAUCUGUUUUCGAAUGUGAAAUCAAAUUCACGAGGAACAAUUAAAAUCAUAGAAUACACUUUGGGUGAUUCAACGCAUCCCGAACAAAUUGCAAAAGAGUUAUUUAAGGGUUUGAGAUAUUUGGAUGAACGUAACGUAGAUUGCAUAAUUGUCGAGGGGAUCCCUGAGAAAGAAGAAGGUUUAGCCAUUAUGAAUAGGUUAAGAAAAGCGGCAUCGAAAAUUAUUGGUGAAUAA